AUGAACAUGUCCGUGCAGCAUCGUAUACUGGAACUUAAUAUAAGCAACUUAGAUGGCAAUAACACAGUGCCAACAAGCAAGACUAAGCUGUCUUCGUGUGAUCAAGUGGUAAUAGCUGCAGAAGUGUUUUUGACGCUUGGUAUUCUAAGCCUCCUUGAAAACAUCCUUGUGAUUUUUGCCAUUAUCAAGAAUAAGAAUUUGCAUUCCCCUAUGUAUUUUUUUGUAUGUAGCUUAGCCGUAGCUGAUAUGUUGGUUAGCGUGUCUAAUGCAUGGGAAACAAUCACAAUAAACCUCAUAAAUAAUAAACAUCUUGUUAUGGAAGAUGCAUUUGUACGUCAUAUAGAUAAUGUUUUUGAUUCCAUGAUCUGUAUAUCAGUGGUGGCUUCUAUGUGCAGUUUACUAGCCAUAGCUAUAGACCGCUAUAUCACCAUUUUCUAUGCUCUUCGGUACCACAACAUCAUGACUGUAAAAAGAGCUGGAGCCAUUAUUGCUUGUAUAUGGACAUUCUGCACUGGCUGUGGAAUUAUAUUUAUUCUUUACUAUGAAUCAACGUAUGUAAUAAUAUGCCUCAUUAGUAUGUUUUUCACCAUGCUCUUCCUCAUGGUAUCUUUAUAUAUCCAUAUGUUCUUGUUGGCACGUACACAUGUCAAGAGGAUAGCUGCUCUGCCAGGCUAUAAUUCAGUCCACCAGAGAACAAGUAUGAAAGGAGCCAUCACUCUUACCAUAUUGAUAGGAAUAUUUAUUGUUUGCUGGGCUCCAUUCUUUCUCCAUCUCAUUCUGAUGAUUUCAUGUCCACAGAACCUUUACUGUGUCUGUUUUAUGUCCCAUUUUAAUAUGUAUCUCAUCCUUAUUAUGUGCAACUCUGUUAUUGAUCCUCUGAUAUAUGCCUUCCGCAGUCAGGAAAUGCGAAAGACAUUCAAGGAAAUCAUUUGUUGCUGCAAUAUGAGAAUUACUUGUGAAUUACCUAGAAAAUAUUAA